ACUCAUUUCUAGAUUGAUCCAUCCAAAUUGACCAAAUUGACUCAUUUAAGGGUAAAAUGGUAAAACGAGAGAUUUAGUGGGCCGCAUUCGCUUGGUGAAGUGGAUGAAAUGGGCCAGAUGGGCCAUUGGGUUUUAUUUUCUGAAUAAACUUAGUGGGAAACAAGAAAGAAAGAAACAACAAAGCGUUCUCUUUCUCGUAAACCCCUUGAACCCUUUUCCCCCCGUCGACCAUUCCCACGAUGAGCAAAGCGCAGCCGCAAUCCGUCUACCGCCGCCUCCGCGGCGCAUUCGAUUCCGUCGCUACAGUGGCGGCUGCUUCCACCCAACCCGCCGCCACAACCACAGCCACCUCCAAGCCGAGCUCACUCAGGAAGAUGGUCAAGAGAUUCAAGGAGUCAUCCGAGUCGCAAGACUUCCGUUCUCGAUUCGACGUCUACCUCAACUCAUUCAAGCGCCUUGCCAAGUACGGGAAGUUCUCCUUGAUUGAAGAAAUCGUCGAGCAUCAGAAGAAGUUCGAAGACAUCACCGGGGAGCAGUUCGUCUCACGUCUCAUCGUCAUCUACGGCAGGGUGGGCAUGUUCAAACAAGCACGCAAGCUGUUCGACGAAAUGCCUGACCUUAAUUGUCCACGAACUGUUUACUCCUUCAACGCGCUGCUUUCGGCCUGCAUCGAUUCGGGGGAGUUUGAUCAAAUCGACGGCAUCGUGAAGGACUUGCCCCCGAAGCUGGGGAUUACUUUGGACGUGGUUUCACAUAACACGAUCAUGAAAGGGUUCUGCAAGAUGGGUGCUUUGGACUCUGCUGCUUCCACGUUGGAUGAGAUGAUGAAGAAAGGCGUGAGCCCAAGCGUGGUUAGUUUCAAUACGCUGUUGAAUGCGUUCUACAGAAAUGGGAGGUUCGAAGAUGGUGAGUCCAUCUGGAAUAGAAUGGCGGAAAUGGAUGUCGCUCCUGAUAUCAUAAGCUAUAAUUCGAGGAUGCUCGGAUUGGCAUUGGUCAAGAGAGUGGAGGAAGCGGAGAAGCUAAUUGAUGAAAUGGGUACCAAGGGAAUUGAACCUGAUGGCCACAGUUUCAGUGCUUUGAUUCAGGGGUAUGUAAAAGAUGAUAACUUGGAAGCUGUUAAGCGUUGGUACCGGGAGAUUGAGAAGAAUGAGCUUGCGCCCAAUAAGGCCAUCUUUAAGACUUUGGUUCCGUUUCUUUGUGAGAAAAGCGACCUGCAGCUUGCUUUCGAGCUUUGUCGUGAUACUUUUCGUGCGAAGUGCGGUGUUGAUGUGAAAUCAAUGCAGCUUGUUGUUGAUGAGUUGACGAAAGAGUCGAAAGUUCAAGAGGCAGAGGAGCUUGUGCAGCUUGCUAAGAAGAACAAGUACAAGCUCAUCAUUAGCUGAAAGCUGGUCCUUUCUAGUUCGACAAGAGGCUGUAAGUAAAAGACAUGGCAAACUUGGAAGAUGCCAUUUUAAGAUAUUGGCAGUGUCCUUCCAAAGGAGGUCCGCAGCUUCAGAAAGUCGGUGCUGUUGUAGAAGCAGAGGAGCUUUGGGAAGCUUGGGAAGGCAAAACAGGUACAAGCUCCUGAGGGCUGAGAAUCUGAAUUCUGAAAUAAAUUACCUUUGAGAAUUUUCCAUCCAAAAGCUUUCAUUUACUUGACACCUUUCACUGUGUUGGUAACUCAUGAACCAGCGAAUUUCUUAAUCCUUGAAGUUCCUUUGUCUAGUCCAGAAUGAAAAUCGUGCCAUUUGGUGUUUCAGUGGAGUCUCUCAUGAACAUGUUAUUGUUUUCUGAAGGUCAUAAGCAGCCUUGUUUGGGCCUUUGGGGUUUAGGCUACUCUUUGGAUGUCCACUUGUCUAAACGGCAAUGCUAAUAAUUCGCAGUGUUUGGGGUUUAGGCAUUGUAGCUCUUCUUAAGUAAUUUGAGUAAAAUUAUAUGUAAUUUAGGUUUAAGCAGGUUGAAAAUGGGGCGGGUCAGGGCGAGGAGAGUAUGUAUGUGUCAGAUCGAAAUCGCUAUUUCUAACCUUGGAGAGCAGUCUGAUUUUGAUUAUUUUGAUUAUGAUUGUCAAACAAUAUUGUCAGACAUACAUCAAAGGCUCCAUUUUGGCAAUAUUAUGGGCAUCCCUGUUUAAAGCUAACGGAAAUGGCGUCGGAGAUAGAGAUUCGCGGUUGAGUUGUGUCCCUAUCUCUUCAAUUAUUUUCAUCAUUUGCUUCUUAACGCCGUUGAUAGACGUCUCUUGGAUUCUCCUUCGAGUAAAUUCUAUAUUCGAAA